AUUUCGCGGCUGCUGCAUCUACGGGAAUCUAGCUGCCGCAUCUUAAAUCCCGAGAAACAAGGGCCACCAUCAGGUGGUGUCGAUGAGGCUACUAGAAGCUGGAUAGAAGCCCAAGAGAAAGAUAACUCGGAAUGGGAUCGUGGCAAGAUUACGCAUAACUACAUGGGGUCGGCGCCUAAGUUCAAGAUCAGAAAAGUCAUCAUGUUGUCCCUGAGAAGCUUGGAAAUCUCUAUCUUCAUUCCCGCUCGUGUCUAG